GAAUCGUCACCUACGAUCGUACAUUCUUUUGAGCUCGAAGACAACACGCUCUAUGGCCCAAUCACUCUUGUGUCUUCUUCUCGAUUAUUGCAAUGCUUCAAAGAAGCAAUGCUCUUCGAUGCCUGACGCGAGCGUCCUAUGGACGCUCUUCAAAACCCUUCCUCACUCACCUGCAUAACCCAUGGUUCCGCCGCUCAUAUUCGCCGGGGCCCUCUGACGGGCAGCCGUAUGAGAUUGCAGUUCUAGGUGGGGGUAUCACCGGCCUGUCGACGGCAUACUGGCUCACGAAGAAGGCACCCAAAGCCAAUAUCACAGUGUACGAAGCUAGCAAGCGUGUCGGGGGAUGGGUGCAAUCGCUUGAAAUGGAUGUGGAUGGAGACACUGUUGUGUUCGAGACCGGGCCUCGGACCUUGAGAACAGGCUCUGUUAAUGCCAUGGUCACACAAGCCAUGUUGGAGGAUCUUGAUUUGGCAGACGACAUCAUUUUCACCUCGAAGGAUGCUGCGUCAUCUCGAAACAGAUACAUAUACUACCCCGACCACCUUGUGCGCAUUCCAUUCCCAGUCGAUGGCCUACUGGACACUCUGAGUACCGUAUUAUUAGAACCUGCCUUCGAAGGAAUCCUAUGGCAGGUACUAAAAGAGCCUUGGAAAUGGACUAGACCAUCACAUCUUCUGGAUGAGAGUGUAGGGGAGUUCUUGACCCGUCGCAUAGGCAAGACGGCAACGAAUAAUUUGGUAUCUGCUGUGUUCCACGGGAUCUAUGCGGGAGACAUCUGGCAACUAAGCGCAAAAAGCAUAAUGAGGAGUGCAUGGGAACUUGAAGGCUCCUUUGGGUCAUUUGGGCGCGGUCUGUCCGAGUGCCUGGAACAUGGGGCUCUUGUUGAUGCCAGGGACGCUGAACUCAAAUCAGUAUUGGAGCCCUUCCUGGACGGGAGUCAGUUCAUGGACGAUUUCAAAUCUAGUAGCGUCUUCGCUUUCAAAGGAGGAUUAUCGCGGUUGACUGAGGCACUGGAAACCUAUCUUGAAGACUGUCCGAACGUAACAUUGAUGACCAAUUGUCACGUUGACGACCUAACAUGUGAGGGUGCAUUAGACCUUCACAAUAGUGGUGUCUUGACAGAUGGCAAGGUCAGAUUUAACGUCACCGACAUGACUGAUGAACGUCGUCUGAGGGCGCCACAAGUUGUUGACAAAGAUCUUGUGAUCUCUACGCUCCCGUCCCGGGUUCUAGCCAGCAUGUUCGCAUGGAAGACAGAAUCUGGGAUUUCGCCCUACCGUGGUAGGCCCAUCCCUUCCAUUGAAAUGGGCGACUGGGCAACUGUAAUGGUAGUCAACUUUUACUUCCGGGAAUCUAACAUCGUGCCUGUCAAAGGCUUCGGAUAUUUAAUCCCACAAAGCGUCCCUUUCGAGAAUAACCCUGAGCGAGCUUUGGGAGUGAUAUUUGACUCGGAUGCAGUAACUGGCCAAGAUACUGGAUCUGGUACCAAACUCACGGUUAUGAUGGGUGGCCAUUACUGGGCUGGGUGGGACAAAUAUCCCUCUCCUGAACAUGCCACUCAGAUGGCCAUGGAUCUACUUAAGAGACAUAUUGGUGACAUCCCUGAACCUGCGAAGACAAUGGCAACACUACAAGAGAACUGCAUACCUCAAUACAGAGUCGGUUGGGACACAGCAACGAAGUCUGCGCACGAACAGCUGCUUCACUAUUUCGGCGGCAGACUGCGAGUGGCAGGUCCGUCUUGGCAUGGGGUUGGUCUUCAUGACUGCACGCGUGCAGCAUACGACGUAACUGAGGGUGCGGACGGAUGGCACAGAGGCAAAAGCGAGCCUAGAACGGGCCUCGAGAUGUUCAAAGAGGACCCUGUGUUUCUGCACAGCAAAACAAUGCAACAACCUAAGAAAACGCGAUUCUACUAGCAUUCCUCUCCUCUUUCAGGAGACCAGGCCACGAUUUCGAAUCAGAGAAAACGAUCUUGUCACUGUAUAACAACCUGUGUAGAUAUUGUAGUACAUAGCGUGCAGACGCAUUUACCGUAGAUGGCUUAUACUAGUAAUGCUCAAUAGCUUUCGGCCGAAGUC